AUGUCCGAUCACCAAGGAGUGCCAUGCAAAAUUAUUUCCACAUUGUUGGUCGCGGCUGGUAUAGCCAUUAUCGUCGGUGGAGCCAUUCUUAUCAGUUUUAACAAACAAUAUGUAGCAAAUACAAGCUACACUGGUCCGGAAGCAUCGUAA